AUGCGCCACUUCGACACCUGGGUCCUCCGCGACCCCUACUCAAUCUGGCACUAUUACCCAACAGGCCACAGAUGGCGCGACACAGUCCGCGACCUCAUCCACACCCGAGCAAUCUGCAGUCCAAGCUCUGAAGAUAUAGACCUCAAAAGAACUACUCCCAUCGACCCCUGCACCAAACAAACCAACCAAGAAUCCUCGCCACUGCUCCGUCUCCCAGCCGAAAUCAGACUUCUCAUCUGGUCUUACGUCCUCACAGACACAGACACCCCAGAGAGAAACCCACAGACUGUACAUCUAGUCCAAAUCAAAGGGAAGAUCCGGCAUGUGAGAUGUUGGCAGUCGAGUGAGAGUAUAUCUGCAUCUGCAUCUGCAUCUACAUCUACAUCUACAGCAUCAUCUCCAAAAACCAAACCCCUCCAAACACGCACCUGUUGCCCAACAACACCAGCCCACUGGCGCCACACACCCUCCCUACCUAUUCCCAUUGCCAAUCCCAAUCCCUCAUCCCAGCCCCAACCCCAACCCUCAAAUCCAAACCAAACCCCCACCCCCCAAACAACCCGCCUCCUCUACCCACACACCCACCCCUCCCUCCCAAACACCCUAACAACCCUAACCCCCGCCCUCCUCCGCACCUGCCGCAAAAUCUACCAAGAAGCCGAACCAAUCCUCUACAAACACACCCUCUUCGACGUCGACGACCUCUUCACCUUCAUCGCCUUUGCCACCUCCCUCUCCCCCCCCAGCCCGAGCCUCCAUCUCAAGACUGAACGUCCAAUGGAUGCCCAUCUGGACCCCGAUGGCCGGCCUAGACCAUCGCGGCAGCAUCUAUGCUCAUACGCACAGUGA